CAAGGCUGAUGAGGGGCCAUUUCCCAUCCUCAACUUCACCAUUCAUUGUAUUGACCAUUUAAUCUUGCUUGAAUAUAGAGUUGGUCCUGGCGCAUUAUUUCAGGCUUCCCAUCUCUCUAGAAGCUGAAAGUUUGAUUACGAAAGUUAAAAUACAUAGAGAGAACUCCAAACAAUUACAUUUCUACCCUUCUCACUCUUCUUCCGUUACCUACAAUCUCCAUUGCCACAAGAUACUGAUACGCGCCCCCACGGGCCGAAUAUAUUCAGUAUACAAAUCUUUCGUUUUGCGGCCCAUCGCUUCAUUCAACUUCAAAACAAAGCCGUCUCGUCAACCAUGGCACCGCCCGCGGGUAAGCGUGUCAAGGGGGUUCAGAUCUUCCGUCCCUUCAUAUACGGCACCACCGCUCGCCCCUUCAACGACACAGACAACCCGCGCCCCGUCGGCGUAUCCCCCGAUCAUACACAUUCCUGGCAAGUCUUCGUCAAAGGUGUCGAGGACACCGACAUCUUCUACUGGCUGCGCCGUGUACAAUUCAAGCUCCACGAGUCUAUCCCAAACCAUCUCCGCACCAUCGACGCCGAAACCAUCAUCAAAGAGAACGAAGCCUCAACCGGUGGCAAGUCUAACAAGAAGCCGCAGAAAGCUUUCGUUGUCAACGAGACGGGCUGGGGCGAGUUCGAGAUCACCAUCAAGUUAUACUACGACAGCAAGAGCAGCGAGAAGCCCCAGACUCUAUACCACCAUUUGCGCCUCCACCCUUACGGGCGCAACGAAGCCGAGAAAGAAGCCAUGCGCGCCAGCGGGGAGGUCGUCGCCUGGACGUACGAGGAGCAGGUCUUCAACGAACCCUUCGAAGAGUUCUACAAAAUCUUGACCUCCGGGGCCAGGGACAAGGGCACCCCCAGCGGCAAGGGCAAGGGUAAGAGCAAGGGUAAGAGCGUGCCCGUGUCGACCGCCGCAGAAGGCGACGUCAAAGAGCGCAGCGCCAUGAUCCCCCUCGCCACGCGCCCGGGCCAGCCCUUCAGCCGCGAGACCGAGGAGGCCGAGAUCAAGCGACUGCGCGAGGCCGAGGAAAAGGUCCAGCAGAUGAUCGCCGAACUGAACAAGAGCGUCAAAGCGAAAGAACAGGAACUAGCUGCCCUGAAAGCGAGCAAUAAGGCUGCCUCAGCUGCCUAGAGCGCUGCUGGUGACGGCGGCAAUACUUCCUCAGUACAAGCAGCGCCAUGCAAGAAAUCCAAAAGUAGACGUCAGCGAAGGAGAUAAGCGAGCCAUUGAGCCCGCGAUCCUUACCCCUUGGCCGAAACUCUACUACGCCAACUGUAAUUAUUAAAAACGUUUUGUUUAAGGCCGGGCUAGCUUCAAGGGACCAGGAGAAAGACAGAUACCCCGGUGCGUCAAAAGGUAUGUAUAUAUAUGUUGAAGUUCCGUCCACGUCAUCUUUAAAUGCUUAUUCUUGCUUCAUAGAUGAAACAAAUAUUGGUGGUAAUAUAUAUUAUUUUAAACAUGUGUUCAAGAGAGAAGAAUCAUGGGGAAAUGGGGAGAGAAUCAAAUCAAUCAGUCCUCCUCCUACACAGGUAACUACGAACUGUACUAUCCGGGCAGAUAUUGCGGAGUGUAGGAUACAAAGGUUGCCUUGGGAGAUGGCGUUGAAUUGAAUUUUUGCAACGUUUGGACCUGGCUUGGUAGCAUUCAAGUUACCCGUUAGGAGCUCAGAAGUCCUUAGAUUACUUACUAGCUUUCGAAACUGUAAACUAGUUCUAAUACUACGAAACAUGCGUGCAGUUCCAAGUCAAUUCAGAAUCCUGAAUCACA